AUGAUGGGAGAUGGAGUUGGGAACUGGGAGUGUCUGAGUCCGUCUGAGUUCGGUCAGCUGCAGCAGUACAGCGAAUGUGAGUACUAGCAAUACCUGUUAUACCCAUAGGUAAAUUGAGCCAAAAGUAACCUGGCAAUACCUGUGUCAGACCUGGGUCAAAUACUGUACAUAAAAAUACUGAUCUUGAUUUAGUUUUCCCUGCACAAUAGGAUCAAUGGAAUAGUCCUAAAAGUGCAAACUAAAUCAAGCUCAUGCAUUUGACCCAGGCUGAUACCUGUGAUACCCUUAGGUAACCAGCCUGAGAGUCAAUUGCCAGGUUGUGCAAGGAGUAGGGAUGGACAUUUGAAAUCAUUUCAGUUGAAUCAUCAGUUGAAGUACAUGUGUUUGUAAAAAAAUACGUUGUUUAUACUGGGGCACUUGCUUCCUGUGCAGCCUGCGCGACACGGGGGAGACAGCUUGCUAUUGCUACAGCGGGGCAGGGGGAGGGGGAGGCAGAGGGUUAGGCUAUUUCUCUGCGCUCCCCGUUCUUGUCUACAACAACUCCAUUCAGACUAAACAACAGCCUACCUGUCAGUUGCUCGUUGUAGCCUACUCCUUCUCAUUUAGUUAACUUAUGUAAUUUUAAUUCCAAUUUGCAUUGAUUAGAGAUCUCCCAGUUCACAUUGCUUGCUACACAUAGUCUCUGACUGCAGUGCCACUUUGAUUGGCCGACAAUAACAACAACCUACACGCGUGAAACCUAUGUAGGCUGCGCUGUCUUUUUAUGGGGCGAAUAUCAUAAAAACUACAUUCAAAAGUGUGUUGUUUUAUCAAAUUAAGAAUUUGAAAUGUCAUGGUAUAUUCUUGUGUGUAGCAAUGUCACAUUUGAUUGAAUUAUUUUAUAUAAAAAAAUUUACUCUCGCAAGUAAUCGAAUACUAACGUCCGUUCGGAUAUUUGAAUAUUCUAAUAACCGUGUCCUUCCCGAGUAAGGAGGCCAAAGCAAUGCACCUCCCCUUUCAAAGCCUCACUUCCUACCCAUCAUUUGCCUAGGUAGUUUGACAUAGGCUAUUGUUUUUCUUUGUGCUUGAAGUUAAGUGAUUCAUGCAAACUUGUAUUUUCCCCUCUCCAUUGACUAUUUCUAGCAUUGCACUAUUUUGCUUGUUUUUUCCUCUGUUGAGGUGACUCAUCCGUAUCAGUAGCCUUCCCACCACAGACAUUUGUUAGUCAAAAGAGAAUCCAUCACUAGUCUGGAUUUCCCUGUAAUAGAUGAACAUUCAUUUUUCACUUCCUUACAGCCUAUUGAGCUGAUACACAGCCACACAACAACUAAAUAGAUUGUGGUGUCUGAGAGAAACAUAGUUUUACUAUCUGAGGAUUCCUCUAUGCAUAGACCUCCCUAAAAACACAAUGCUUACAUUCCCUGGACAUAUACAGUACAUCUGUUGCCUAGGGAUAUACUCAAGUGUUGAGUGAGCUUGUCAUUGAAACAGAAAUUGAUUAAACACAAAGUCUAAUACAUAAACGGUUAUGUGUUAGAUUACAUCACCUCUAGUAAGGACAAAUUGUUAUUGCCAAUCUUUCCCUUGUUCAUCGGUGUAAUUUAUUGACAGCCACGGCUAAAAAUACUACUCCUGGCUCUUUCUUUGUCAUCCUCUCUAUUCAGAAAAAUGUGUUUGUGUAGCUGCUUUGAGGGAUUUUUGGUUUAUUUCAUUUUCUGUAAUUUGGCUCCAUAACAUAGCCUAUAUGGCGGUCCAGAUGAGCUGCAGAGAUCAGAGGUAAGCGGUACUGUACGCGGCUCCAUAUGUGGCGCAAUGAUCUAAGGUACUGCAUUGCAGUGCUAGCUGUGCCACUAGAGAUCCUGGUUCGAGUCCAGGCUCUGUCGCAGCCGGCCGCGACCGGGAGACCCAUGGGCGGCGCACAAUUGGUCCAGCUUCGUCCAAGGUAGGGGAGGGUUUGGCCGGCAGGGAUGUGGGUUUGUUUCCCACGGGGGGCCAGUAUAAAAAAUAAAAAAAACAUGUAUGCAUUCACUAACUGUAAGUCGCUCUGGAUCAGAGCGUCUGCUAAAUGACUAAAAUGUAAAUGUAAAUUUAGCCAAAGGGGUGUCCAUGGUGAACAGUCAAUCUCUGCAGCCAACUAAACCCCUUAAGUGGUACUGUACACUCCUGCGUUGAAACAGGUGAAAGGUAAAUACUCAGUAGGUACAUUUGUGUGGAUGCUAAACAUCACCCAGCAUUUAUUCACUGGUGUGACCCCCCCCCCCACCGCAGCCCACGCAAUGCAGGAGGCCCCAUGAGCUCUGCCCCCCCUGUAAUCGAACCCACAAUUGCUGAUGCUCCAGAUACUCAACUAGUCUCAAGAAGGCCUCUGAACCUCCCCCUCACUAGGGCUUGUUUAUUUUGACGCUGCUGUGCUAAUGAGAGGAGGAUAUUUGACAUCUAUUUACGCUGGGUUGCUAAUGGGCCCUCAGUCACAUGUACUGGAGCACCUAGACCCCUGGUGAUGGAGAUGUGUCUGGGACCUACUAUGCUGGUGGUGGGUGGGUGGAUGGCAGUGUCUGUGUUUGUGAUACUGUACAGCAGAUCUGAGUUCAAAAAGUAUUUGGUUUUUCUUUCAAAUACUUGGAGUGUUUGAUUGAGCCUGCCUUGAGUGACCAGGUAGGUGGGAUUUGCACUUUUGGGACUAUUCCAUUGUUUCCAUUGCGCCAGACAAGCUCAAUCAAGUGCAUAUUAAGUAUUUGAAAGAAUACAAGUACUAUUUGAACACAGGUCUGGUCUGUUGGAUGGGUGUCUGUGUUUGUAUUACUAUACACAUGACGUGUCUGGUGUGUCUGUUUCCAAUAUGGGUUAAUAAAGGAGAGUUAUAAUGUGUGAGGUGAAAGGUUAGUGUCCAUUACAAAGCCAUGUGUCAGUUCAAUGAGCCCAGCUGCACUACACUGAAAAGCUCGCUUUGUCCCAAAUGGCACCCUAUUCCCCCACAGGAGUCUAGUCAAAAGUACUGAACUAUAUUGAGAAUAGGGUGCCAUUUGAGAUGCAACCGCUCUUUUACUCAGUGGUCUGGUCUUAUCUUCCCCUUGCUUUACAUACGAAUUGGCUCAGUGCUGUUAUUCUCUUCUAUAAAGAAUGAAUAAAGGAAAUGAAGUCGAAGGCAAAGGAAUGUUGAUGACCUACGAUGGUGAUUUACUGUUAACCUUCUAGCUAUUGGCUGUGAUUCUUCAGUCCCCACUGCAUUUAGCCUACUGGCUUCUGUUCUGUUCUGCUGUGAUUCAAUGAGAGUCUGCAUUACAUUUACAUCAAAAUGUUGGUCAUUCAGUAGAUGCUCUUAUCCAGAGUUGUAGUGACAACAAACAAAACAAAUUAAACUAGCUGCAGCUACAGUCUAGUUAGCUGUCUGAUCUGGUUAAUCGAUGCUGUUAUGGUAAAUGGACUGGACUUACUGUAGCAUGUGUUAUCUCAGUUCAUGACCUAUUGUUAGUUGAUUCAGCAAGCAUGGGAAACCCUGGCUUAGGGCCCCGCGGCCGACCAACACUUUUUUCGUAUACAUAUUAUUUUAAGGUGCAACUUCUACAUUUUAUUGUGCAUUAAGUUUUUCUCCUGUUCUCCAGUCACUCAAUUUGCCAAUGUCAGCUAAAAACACUUUGAUUGGUAAGUUAGUCUAGUCAGCUGGGUCAUUCCAACAAUUCAGUGCCUUUUGAGGUGUGACUUCGUGGAAAGAUUUGAGAUCACCUGAUUUUAACAUUCUGUCAUAAAGAGCACAUGUUCAACUUAAUACAAAACUUGUUCUCCCAUCUUACUAUAGUAAGUGCCUAUUAAGUGCCAAAUAAAAUAACAGGGUUGACGAUUUAAUCUUAAAUCGGCCAUAAAUCCCCUUGUGACAUGGGAAAUGAAAGCUUGUUGUGUGCAACAAGGAGGAGCAAUUGAAUGCAAGCUUAAUUUUUUAUUUUUUAUUGUUAAAACAUUUCUAGCCUGUCUAUCUAUGUUAUGCUCGACUCACUCAGUUUUCCACCACAAAACACCAGAAAAUUGCCAAAAAGAGUAGAACCACACUAUGAUUUGACUAUUAGAUGUUCAAUAUUUAUUUUUAUAAAAAUGUUUUAUUAAUAGUUUCACCUCAUUAAAAUGAGAGUUCAGUUCACGUAACAGGGUUGACCUUAAUGACCUUACAUGAAAUAAAUAAUUAUCUUCAGAAAUGACUUUGUCAAAGCAACAAAAUAACUAGGGCUUUACAAUGAUGGUGAAAACUUGGAGAAAUGUUGGGGUUAAGUGGGUUUAAAUAUUCCUGGAAGUCUCAGAGGGUGCACAGAUGAACAUGUCAAAAUGCUGAAUUUGUGCACUUUUGGAAGUCUUUAUCAUAUAAAAUAAUCUGAUUUAUUAAAUUCUCCAUGUGGUCUUUAUUCUAAUAAAAUCAAAUGUUAUUUGUCAUAUGCGCCGAAUACAACAGGUGUAGACCUUACAGUGAAAUGCUUACUUACAAGCAGUUUAAAGAACUAUAAGUGUUAAGUAAACAAUAGAUAAGUAAAAAAAUAAAAACAGUAAAAAUAACAGUAGCGAGGCUAUAUACAGGGGGUACCGGUACAGAGUCAAUGUGCAGGGGCACUGGUAAUUGAGGUAAUAUGUAGAUAUAGUUAAAGUGACUAUGCAUAGAUAAUAAGCAGAGAGUAGCAGCAGCGUAAAAGAGGGGGUGCGGGGUGGGUGCAAUGCAAAUAGUCCGGGUAGCCAUUUCAUUAGCUGUUCAGGAGUCUUAUUUACAUUUUAGUCAUUUAGCAGACGCUCUUAUCCAGAGCGACUUACAGUUAGUGAGUGCAUACAUUUUUUUUUUUUUUUCAUACUGGCCCCCCGUGGGAAUCGAACCCACAACCCUGGCGUUGCAAACGCCAUACUCUACCAACUGAGCUACAUCCCUGCUGGCCAUUCCCUCCCCUACCCUGGACGACGCUGGGCCAAUUGUGCGCCGCCCCAUGGGUCUCCCGGUCACGGCCAGCUACGACAGAGCCUGGAUUCGAACCAGGAUCUCUAGUGGCACAGCUAGCACUGCGAUGCAGUGCCUUAGACCACUGCACCACUCGGGAGAAUAUGGCUUGGGGGUAGAAGCUGUUAAGAAGCCUUUUGGACCUAGACUUGGCACUCCGGUACUGCUUGCCGUGCGGUAGCAGAGAGAACAGUCUAUGACUACGGUGGCUGGAGUCUUUGACAAUUUUUAGGGCCUUCCACUGACACCGCCUGGUAUAGAGUUCAUGGAUGGCAGGAAGCUUGGCCACAGUGAUGUACUGGGCCAUAAGCACUACCCUCUGUAGUGCCUUGCGGUCGGAGGCCGAGCAGUUGCCAUACCAGGCAGUGAUGCAACCAGUCAGGAUGCUCUCGAUGGUGCAGCUGUAUAACUUUUUGAGGAUCUGAGGACCCAUGCCAAAUCUUUUCAGUCUCCUGGUGGGGGAAUAGGCUUUGUCGUGCCCUCUUCACGACUGUCUUGGUGAAUAGCCCUCUUAAAGGUAAUUUCAUUGAAUUGGCGGGCUUUUAAAAUUCAAUAUUUGAUGCACAAUUUUACAAUAUUUAAAAUAUCAAAGGGACACAAAAGGCAUUCAUUUUGUGGAACGACCCAGCAAUUUAAACUUGUAGUAAUCAUGGUUGAAUUACCGACCAGGCACGCAGGGCACGUGCCCAGGGGCCCUGACCUCCAGGGGGCCCCCAUUGAUUUAGUUAAUCACUCUCACUCAGAUAUAUUACCAUUGCAUAAGUCAUGGCAAAAUGUGUAUAAUUGCAGGAAAUAAGCUUGAAAACUGCAAAAAUGUAUCUCAACCCCAUGGCAAAAUGAAUAGAAUUGCAUGAAAUUAGUUAUAAUAUUACCAAUCUUCUCUCCUUCCCAUAGCAGAAUGUGUAGAACUGCAGGAAAUUCACUCAAAAAAUUUAACUUAGUGCUAACAAAAGGGUAGGGCCGGCUCUGGUCUUCUCAGUAAGGCGUCAACAUGCUUCCCAUCCAAAACAGUUUGGAACAGUUCGUACACAUAUUAUGACGACAUUUUGUGACGUUUUUGUUCAUUUUGGUCUUCGGCAAGGGUUUUUUCGGUUGUUCGUGCACCCAAAAAAAUUUCUCAAGACAAGCUGAAGUUCAGUAGCCGAAGUCUACACCCCUUCGUCGGUGAUUGGUCAACUGUAGGGGUGACUUGAGUUUCUUCUUCUCCCGAAACUCAGUGUGGAUUCAACAUGGCAAACAACAACAACGAUAACUUCGAGCAUCGCUUGGCCGAGGAGAUAAAGAAGUGAGCAAGACAGAAAGCAACAUGCCGUCCUCACCAGAGGAAGAGGUAUGUUGUAGUAUUUUCUAUUGUAGUCGAGGAAAAGAGUAGCAAUGUUUGCUAACAAUAGCUAGCCAGCUGGCGCUAGCUACUUGGCUGGCUAGCUAGCCUAGCAGCAUAUUCUAAAGGUAUUUACAACUUUUUGAUCAAACACAAUUCUGUCAGAGAAAGAAAAGCAUAAGCUUCCCACAUUAGUAACACUGAAGUCAAAGUUCGGUAGCAAGGUUCAGCUAGCUAAAAUGUUGCAAAAGUUUAAGCAGUGUUGAGUAGCUAGGCCAGGCCUAUUCAACCCUGCUCAAACGUUUGCAUCUUUAUAGUCUGGCUCGGUUAAUUAUAUUUGAUAUGUUUUUCAUUGAUAGUUUAGGAUGGUUUGGAUAUGUGUCCUAAAUAACCCUCUGAUUUCUUUUUUUCCAGGCACAAACACCAGUGAAUGGAGAACGCACCAGGUUUUGUUCUCUGCACCCAAGCACUGGCUGUUCACUGGCCCUCUGCACUGACUGGUCAUCGGCCCCCAGCCCAUCUCCCACACUGAGCUGCAGUGCAGAAUGGGAAACCAUCUCCAUGCAGGACCUGGGAAGCUCUAUUCUGGGCCCACCUCCAAGACCCACUCCACUGGCUUGGUCCUCACCAAUGCCGCAGAGGAGCAGCAGUAGUAGCAGGGGUGUGAAAAGAAGGGAGAAAAGAGCUGCAGACUAGCCCUUGACACAUCUCUCACAAAGGCAUUGCAAAUGAUUGAAGACAGAUCUCAAGGUCUGGAGAACGUCAUGCACCAAGCCACCAGACUCUCCUCCUUUACUCUGAUCCCCUUUUCUCUCUUCUGUUGUCCUCUUUCCUCCUCUCCUCACUAUGCACACUGCUCUCCACUCCUCUCAUUUCCCCCCUCUUCUCAUCCUCUACACAGGGCCCUGGCACCUAUAGCUGAUUUCAUGGAUGAACUAUCACCAAAACUCCGGGAGGAAUUCGAUCACCAGCUGCAUGAGUUUGUGCAUGACUUCAAGAAGGGGACCCAACGACUGGGACCACAGUGAAAUUAACAACUUGUUCUGAUGUUGUCUCAGGAAUCAGACACUAGACACUUUCAUUUUAUUAUUAUUAUUAACACUUUUGUUGUUUACAUGUCUGUUUUUCACAGACAGAUUUGUACUAUUGUACAAAUAAUUGCAAUUAUUGUCUGACUUUAAUUAUAGUAUAUUUCAUUGACACGUGUUGUUUACAUGUCUGUUCUUAGCAGAGACUUUUGUAUUGUGGUUUACUUUGAGCCCAUAUGCAUAAUAAAGGUUUAUUUUUGUGUGCUAAAAAGCUCUGUUUCUUCAUCUCAAUACAAGAUGUUUCAAUGCAUUCUAUUUGAACAUCCAGUGCUGACAACGUUGAGAAGAGCUGUGUGCCACAGACAUUACAGGAUUUGUUCUACUUGUGGUGUAGUUACCAUGUCUUCCUGCCAUGGCACACGUCCAGAUGGGGAGAGGAAGAAGUCCCUGAGCUUGUUUCUUGUUUCACUUACAAGCCGUGUCACCCUGGCACAAAAUAGUCUCCUGGGCUCUUGGAGAUUGUUGUCCCCUGCCACAAUCAGUUUUCCACUCUCCAGGUUGGCAGUUGCCAGAAGGGAGGGGCGUGUCAACAAAAGCGGGAGGCAUGUAUCGCGAACCGAACGAGUGUGCUCACAUACUCCCUUAAAAGACCUUGGAAAACGAGAAAGAAGCAGAAAUAGUACUGUUUGUCCAUCUUGAGAUGCCGUAACCAGUAUACACCUCCUCAAAAUAGUCAGAAUUAAUCUAAGAUAACUCAAGAAAUCUGUCAUUUAAUUUUGACUUUUUUGUCAAGGAGCAAUUUUACAAUGAACUAAUAAGAUGUUUGGUGCAAUAUUUCAAGUCAAAACAUUUGCAUGUAAACGAUUCGUCUGUCGUUGAACACUUCACUGAAGAAUCCCUACUGUUGGCCAAUCACCGAUGAAGGGGUGUAGACUUCGGCUUGCCUCGAGAAAAACGAACAAAAAAACCUUCACAAAAUGUCGUCAUAAUAUAUGCAACUACGGGUACUUCCAUGUCUUCAGGGUCAAUUUUUAGAAUUUUAUUUAAAAAAUAAUAAUCUUUAUGUUAAGUUCACACUACAAUCACCUCUGAUAUUUUUUAACACCUCUCUAUCAAGUAUUUUAGCUACUUUUCAGAUGCAUUUUAUACCUCAAUUUCACAGUUUUGCCCUUGUCCCUGACCCAGGCUUUUGAGCUUCUACUAUGUUUUUCUAUGAGAGAACAUUAAUAAUUACACAUUAUAUAAUGUUAUCUACUAGAGAAAGAGUCAAUUAAAUAAAAUCUAUAUCAAUAUUUAUUGUGAGUAUGCCCUUUAUAUUGUAAUUUACACAAAAAAUACCUGUCCUUUUGGUUGUGGUGUCAUUUCCACCACUGAGGGCAAAUUCCUCAUUAAUAAAGUUUUGUCAAGAGACUUAACUUAGUUACCAUGGAAAUGUAUUGCGACACUGAAGCACAUGGCUACAGCAGACAGUUGUUCCAGAUGUGAUGUCCAGAAGUUGAAGAAAAAUCUAGGUAAAUAUUGCUUGUGUAGAGAAUAUUUUUAUCGUCAGUAAUUUCCAAACAGGCUAUAAUUUCUUUACCUUGUGGUAGAAGUUUGAAAAAAAAUGUAUAAUUUUAUGUAUUUAGUGUAAACUAUAUACAAGCUAUAAUACUAGCCAAAGCAUGCUAAGCAGUCUCAUUUUUCUCCAAAAACAAUAGAAGCGUCAUUUCCAUCAGUCAUUUCCAUCACAAAUUUAACUGUGGUGGAAAUGACAGAAUGUGGUGGAAAUGACAAAAAUCCAUUAUGUUAUUACUUUUUAAACUUUUUAAACUUUAGGCUUAUUUAAUCAUGUUUUACAUUUAUUUAAUCUAGAAAAUACUCCAAGGUGUGCACAAGUUGAAAACUUAAGUAGCACUUUUCUUUGUGCUGUUUUAUUUGGUAUCUUCUAAAAACAGAGGUCACAGACAUAGAAACAAAAUAAAACAUGUUCCUAUACGAUACCAGGAACAUCUGCAAAAAGACGGAGAGAUACUGGAAGAAAAAAGAGAAGGGAGAAGUGAAAUCUAUCUCUGAGCUUACAAAGCGAGAACAAAGAAGCAAGAGAAGACAAUGGAAAUGCAACCAACGGAAUAGAAGACAUACUUUAAAGAGAACAGUUGCAAUGGAGACCUACCUAUCAGGCAACACACCACCUUAGUCACCAGAUGACUUGCAGCCAGAACAUGAGGCCAACAUACCUGCCCCUGAUGCACGCUCUGAUACCCCUUCCUCAUCUGCAACAGGUAUGAGAAGUCGAAUACUUGCUGGAAGGAAAAAGGUUGGAAGAGGUUGCUCAAAAACAUACAGAGAUCUUUGCAUGACAAAAUGUCAAACUUGAUAAAGCUUUACGGAAAGCUGAGAAAUACUAAAAAAAAGGUAUGAUCAACUGAAGAAGAAAAUGGAGAGAUUCCCCAAAGACAAACACAAAACAGCAAAUGAAGGGAACUCCGAAGAACUUGAAGGAUUUUAUUGUUUCAAAAUACCAUCAUUGCAGAGUUAAAGCAAAAGUAUCAAAAAAUGCGCAGUGCCAAGGACAAACAAGUGGCUUCAAAAAUGCUCAGAGGCAACAUCCUGAGAAAGUAUGGCCUGGUCAAAGGGCAAAUGAAAACAGGCUAACAAGUCUUCAAUACUCCAGGAAAAAGCAGUGUAACAUAAUUAGCACAGCCACAGAAGAGAAAAUCACUACAUUCUAUGAACGUGAUGUGAACAGUAGAGCAACAACAGGGAAAAAGGACACACUAACGAGAAACAAGAAAAAAAAGCAGAAGCACUUCUUGAAUGGCACAAUUCAGAACCUUUAACGGAAUUUUAAGAGGGAAUAUUCAGAGAUUAAAAUGUCCUACUAUGAAUUCUGCAAAAGACAUCCUUCCAGGAUAGGGACACAUGCCUCUGCAAAACCCAUGCCAACCUCCAGAUCAUGGCGGACAAACUACAGUAUCACAAAGUGAUCAGCUGCAGGAACAUUGAGAACCUUAUUGAGCCUUUGCUGUGAGAACCUGAAGAAAGAGUGCAUGUACACAGAGUGCUCCCUUUGCCAAGCAAAAUAGCUUAAAACAUCUGACUUUGAUGCUGGUGAGCAGACAUGGUGGUUUGAGUGGAAAAACAAAGCUGAAGAGAGAGAGAGAAGAAAAACAGAGGGAAACAUGGAGAAGUUCACUGUACAUUUGACAGUAAAAGAAAAGGUGUGUCGCACACUGCAGAUUCUACUGGAGGACUUAUCCAAAGGAUUGAAAGAGAAGUUGGGGAAACACGUCUACAACAUUCGACACCAAUACUCCAAACUGAAAGAAUUAAAAGAGUAUCUGCGGAAAGAGGAGAUCAUCGUGCAUAUUGACUUUGCAGAGAACUAUCUGUGUAAAUACACCAGUGAAAUUCAGGCAGUUCACUUUGGUGAUUCUCACAAGCAGGUGACCCUCCACACCGGUGCUGGAUAUACCACAACAUUUAAUGAUAAAGUUUCACUUUGCUCACUGAGCUCUGCAAUCUGGGCCCAUCUCUCAAAAACAUUGGCCUACUUCCUUGAGCUCUGCCCAUCGGCUACUUUUGGAAUCUUACUUUGUCUUAAAUUAAUUAAAUGUUUAACAAUGGUUGUUUGCAAUAAAAUAUUGUUUUCAUACAUUUUUUCACAUAAAUGUAAUUUCCACCACACCUUGUCAUUUCCACCACAUCCAUAUUUUUUUAGGUAAAUUAGUAUAUUAUGUAUAAUUUACAUUGAUUGUUUUAGAUAGGGAAAUCAUAUGGUUGUUAUCAUAAUCUCACAAGAAGGUUGGGUGGAAAUAUCUUAUUUUUUAUGAUAAAUCAAUGUUUUCAGCUGUCACAAAGGCAAGUUUAUACAUUCAGGUGUUGUGUUGAAUUAUUAAUAUUAGGAAAACCUUAAUCACUUAAAAUAAUAUGCAAUACAAGUUAAUGUACAAAUGUAUAAGAAAUGUGUUAUAAAUUAAUUGUAUGAUAUUUCAUUUUCAACUAAAAAGUAAGUUUAAUGAUGGGAUGGAAAUUAAAUUUGUCUAUGGCUGUCUGAGAAAAAUGACAAAAAUAUAUACAUUCCUGAAUAGUACGAUCGCAGCCAUUAUCAGAUAUUAUUUCUAGACAAAUCCAAGACAAUUAUAAUACUGGUAAAAUGGUGUUUCAAUAAAUUUUAAUUUCUGAAAGCUUGCAGGGCCAAAGUUUGCGAAGUUGCAGAAUCACCCAUGCGCAAACUGUUCUGAACCUAUUCGGAUAGGAAGCAUGCGGACGCCGUUAAGUGAACUCACCUGGUUAGAUAAGGGUUAACACUGCAUUCCCUGCAUCCCUGCCUUGCCUCAGUAUGACACCUCCUGUAGCCUCUUUAAUCCCAGGGAGAGAUUAGCAUCUCUGGGUGUAAAACACUAUUGCCCAUGGCCUGGAGGAAGUGUGAGGCCCAACUCCAGAGAUGAUUCCGUAUAUUUUAAGGUAUUUUGCACUAGAGAGAGGAGAGAGAGUGGAGUGAUUAUCCAACCUAUUAUAUUUCUAUGGUCUAUAUUUAUUGAAUCUGAGUGUGACGAGGUGUGAAAGAAGGAGUCAGGCGCAGUCCAGAGUUUAAUCCGUUUGCAUAAAUCAAACGCCCAAAGCGUCAAACGAAACUGUACAAGGGAAAACAUCCACCUUGGCAAUAACACCGAGAAAUGUAGCUCAACCGAGGUACACGCUCUCACAACAAAACAAUCACUCACAAAGACAAGGGGAACAGAGGGAACACUUAUACACAUACUAAUUAGGGGAAUGAGCACCAGGUGUGUGUGAUUGACAAGACAUGACAAGUGGAGUGAUGAGAAUGGGAUCGGCAGUAGCUAGUACUCCGGUGACGACGAACGCCGAAGCCUGCCCAAACCAGGAGGGGGGGCAGCCUCGGCGGAAGUCGUGGCACUGAGAUUAUUUAAUAUGCUAUUUAUUGUAUUCGAAAGAGGAGAGAGAAUGGGGUGUCCAGUCUAACUCCACAGAGAUUAUUCAUUCAGAUAAUGUUUGAGGGGUUUUUCUAUUCCAAACAAAUUUCCUGGCUUAAUUAGUCUAUUUGUUUAAAUAAUUAGCUAAACUUAUUUUCACCUCUGUGAAAUGUUUGCCUCAUGAUCUAACCAGAUGGUCCUCUCAGAUACAGCUUGAGCCCAAAAGACAAUCAGCACAUCCAGCAGCACUUUACCUCUAAAUAAUACGCCUGGUGCCAAAAUGACUAAAUGAUGAGGUUUAUAAAGCCUCUCUCAUCCCUGUCUCUUUCUCAGAUUCCACCAAGAAGCUCAAGGAUGUUCUGGAGGAGUUUCACGGUGAAGGAGUCCUCUCCAAGUACAAUCCUGAGCAGGUACAGUACGUCACUGCCUCAACCCUUCCCUCCCUUACACCGCUCCUCUCUUCUCCUUUCUCCUCCAUUUCCUUCCUCUCCUCUCCCUUCCUCUCCUCCCUGUCCUUAUCCUCUCCUCCCCUCCUCUCUUUUCCUCCCCUACCCUUCCUGAGUGAGAUCAUCAUUAUUUAUGUUGUUAAGACCCUGGCAAUCCCCUGACUCAGUCUCUGCUCCAUCACUGAUAUGCUUAGUCAUCCGCUUCGUUUAGACGGUAGUAAGGUGAGCAACACUUUCUCCCUCCCUCGCCCUCACCAUCAACAUCCGUCUGACGCCCUUUAACCUCGACGUGAUGACAGAGGGCCGACAAGUUAUGUCACCAUGGUGACGAGGACAGGUGGCUGACAUUUUAUUAUGGUCUGUCUGAAUGGGUCAGCGCUCCACCCCCCCUCCCCCUCCUCCUCUCCCGGCCCAAGUGCACCCCCUCUUCCUCCUUAUAACUGCAGCAUUGUGAUAUGAGUAACAGCCUCACAGCGGCUGGUUGGCGCCAUCAGAGCCCUGUUGGAUUCAGACAUCAUGUGGCCUGUGGUGUGAUCACCAAAGCCAGCAAGUGCAGGCGCCGAGCUGGUGGUAUUUUCUGCACUGUGUGGCAAGGAGCGAGGUGACUUUACCCACUGGGCACAAACUGGUUGAAUCAAUGUUGUUUCAAAAUAAUUUGUUAACGUAUUGUGACAUGGAAUCUACGUGGAAAAUAUAUUGGAUUUGAAAAAAGUAAUCAACAUAAACUUUUGUUUUGAGGGUAAGAUUUCAGCCACAGGAUUAUGUCAUCAUGGUAACCACUUUUUAACAUAGACAAACCUUGUACAAAAUAUGUUGAAUUUAUACCUUUGAAACAACGUCAAAUUUUCAACAUAAUAUCCACUAUAAGAAAAAAAACUAUAGGCAGGGCAGCACUUCCUGCUGGGGAGUUGAUCUAUCUACAGCUAUUAAUUCAGUCUACCAUUCAGGGUUUUACCCAAGCACAGCCCUGCUUAGCUUUUAUAUUUGUCAUUGACUACUACCAAUGUGCUAUUGUGAGAAUGAUUGUCGAGAAAUCUCCACUUAAUAGAUUCACUGUUGCUAUCGAAGUAGGUUCAACAAAGCAAAUGAAAUGUAACCAUACUUUAGCAAUCCUAUAUAAUCAAUGAUGCUAUAUAGGCCUAUAUAGCAUUUGUGAAGUCAUCAACAGCUAUUGUUUAAAUUCAGCCCAGGAUUCAACAAAAAAUAGACAAUACAUAUAGGACUAGAGUUUAAAGCUUUGGUUGAUUUUUAAAUGGAAUCUACAAGUUAAUAAUAAAUAUGUUGGAUUCACGUCUCCAUCUAAACCAAAAAUAAAAGUUGAAGAACAGGAUUAAAUCAAAUCAAACUGUAUUUAAAGUGCAUUUAAAGUUUGAUUUUAUUUAGUCCUAUUCGUUACCAAGCAGAAGAUAUAUCUCCUUCAAAAGUUGAUAUUUGGUUGCAUUGACAACCAAACACAAUUCAAUAUCACUUUUGCAAUACGGUAAAUAGCCUAUUAACUUGUCCACAAGUUAACAAAUGAUAUGUUGGAUUCACGUCUCCAUCUCAACCAAAACUAAAAGUUAAAGAAUAGGAUUAAGCCAGUGGCUCAGAUGGAAAUAUCCAAGCAGUUGAUACAUCUCCUUUACAGUGCAUUCAGAAAGUAUUCAGACCCCUGGACUUUUUCCACAUUUUGUUACGUUACAGACUUAUUCUAAAAUUGAUUUAAUAGUUUUUUCCCUCAUCAUUACACACAAUACCCCAUAAUGACAAAGCAAAAACAGAUUUUUAGACAUUUUUUAAAAUCUAUUAAAAAUGGAAAUAUCACAUUUCCAUAAGUUGGCAGCGAUUAUAGCCUCGAAUGACGCUACAAGCUUGGCACACCUGUAUUUAGGGAUUUUCUCCCAUCCAUCUCUGCAGAUCCUCUCAAGCUCUGUCAGGUUGGAUGAGGAGCGUCGCUGCACAGCUAUUUUCAGGUCUCUCCAGAGAUGUUAGAUCGGGUUCAAGUCCGGGCUCUGGCUGGGCCACUCAAGGACAUUCAGAGACUUGUCCCGAAGCCACUCCUGCGUUGUCUUGGCUGUGUGCUUAGGGUCGUUGUCCUGUUGGAAGGUGAACCUUUGACCUAGUCUGAGGUCCUGAGCGCUCUGGAGCAGGUUUUCAUCAAGGAUCUCCGUUCAUCUUUCCCUCGAUCCUGACUAGUCUCCCAGUCCCUGCCGCUGAAAAACAUUCCCACAGCAUGAUGCUGCCACCACCAUGCUUCACCUUAGGGAUGGUGCCAGAUUUCCUCCAGGUGUAACACUUGGCAUUCAAGCCAAAGAGUUCAAUCUUGGUUUCAUCAGACCAGAUAAUCUUAUUUCUCAUGGUCUGAGAGUCCUUUAGGUGUAUUUUGGCAAACUCCAAGCAGGCUGUCAUGUGCCUUUUACUGAGGAGAGGCUUCCGUCUGGCCACUCUGCCAUAAAGGCCUGAUUGGUGGAGUGCUGCAGAGAUGGUUGUCCUUCUGGAAGGUUCUCCCAUCUCCACAGAGGAACUUUGGAGCUCUGUCACAGAGUGACCAUGAGCUUCUUGGUCACCUCCCUGACCAAGGCCCUUGUCCCCCGAUUGCUCAGUUUGGCCGGGCAGGCAGCUCUUGGUGGUUUAAAUCUUCUUCCAUUUAAGAAUGAUGGAGGCCACUGUGUUCUUGGGGACCUUCAAUGCUACAUACAUUUUUGGUACCCUUCCCCAGAUCUGUGCCUCAACACAAUCCUGUCUUGGAGCUCUACGGACAAUUAAUUCGACCUCAUGGCUUAGUUUUUGCUCUGACAUGCACUGUCAACUGUGGGACCUUAUAUAGACAGGUGUGUGCCUUUCCAAAUCAUGUCCAAUCAAUUUAAUUUACCACAGGUGGACUCCAAUCAAGUUGUAGAAACAUCUCAAGGGUGAUCAAUGGAAACAGAAUGCACCUGAGCUCAAAUUCGAGUCUCAUAGCAAAGGGUCUGAAUACUUAUGUAAAUGUUAACGUACUUCUGUUUAUUAUUUUUAAUAAAUGUGCCUCAAAAAUGUUAACCUGUUUUCACUUUGUCAUUUUGAGGUAUUGUGUGUAGAUUGAUGAGGGGAAAAAAAUAAUUUUAUUAGUUUUAAAAUAAGGCUGUAACGUAACAAAAUGUGGAAAAAGUCAAGGGGUCUGAAUACGUCCCGAAUGCACAGUAAAUUAUGAUUUUUGGUUGAGUUGUCAACCAAACACAAUUCAAUAUUACUUUUGUAAGACAGUAAAUAGCCUAAUGUUAAGGCUAUCUUACAAACUACUGUAACAGUAUUUACUCAAACUUAAAAUGAGUAACACAUCCAUGGCCACAUUUUGAGGUUACUGUAACAAUAAAUGUCUUAUGUAAUCAUAGAAAGCGUGCAUGUUCAGGGUCGCAGGUCUGUGGAGAUCUUCACAAUUGCUGUAAUAAUCUGCACAGAAUCUCAAACGGCAUUGAUCAAACGGCAUUAAUGUAAUCUCAACUAACUGCAAUCCAGGUCAUUUGGUUAUGCUAUUAGAUCAAGCACAGUGAUAACACAUGAAGUUGCUGUAUAAAUAAACAAAAUAUCUGACAUUGUGUUCCCAUUUUAACUUUGGUGUGCUUUUAAAUGGUUGAAAGUGCAGUGCUUACAAAUUUAGGUGAGAACUAAACCAAAAAUCAGACAUUUAUUUUCCAUUGGAAUUUGGUUGUGCUUUUAGACAGUUGAAAGCUUAGUGAUAACAUAUUGGGAAUUCAACAAACUUUUGGCUGUCUUUUUGAGUGGGUGAAAAUAGGUUGGAAUCUCAUUGAUAAAAUGUAUGCACGCAUGACUGUAAGUCGCUUUGGAAAAAAGCGUCUGCUAAAUGGCAUAUUAUUAAUAUUUAUUAUUAUCAAUGUAUCUACCAAAUAUUACCCAAUUCUCCACAUUGAAAUGACAUGGUGUGCCCAGUGGGUUGUGCUCGUGUCAUCAAUUAGUCGUGCUCUUGGUGACUCAUCAAUCCUCGCCUGUCCUGGAAGCUGCCCUAAACGCCAGUGACACACCAUCAGUGGCCUCACCUCCCCCUACCUCUGACCGCCUCAUACUGUAUUUCUCUAUGAUUGAUGAGCGAUAAGGCGGACAGGGGACUGUAAAUGAAAGGGUGGAGGGGUUUCCACACACACAUACACACACACAAACACACAGACACACACACAUCCCACAGCAGGCACUGAAGCAGGUAACGUCAAUCAGAUGGAGUCUAAUUUAUGACUGGGUCAUUCAGUUGAGCUCAUCUGGCUGUGAGACUGUCAUCCCUGAGGAUCUAUGUCACUUUAGUGACCGAGGACCCGAGGAGUAACAAGAACAAGUGUUACGUUAAUAUGUAUUGAGAGAACAGGCAGGGUUGAGAGCCAGGGUUUGCUGUGCUGCCGUGGUGUGGUGGUUUGACUUGUGCUCUGGUGACAGGUCUAUACUGGAGUUUUUUAUGCAACAUUCUGCAGUUUUUACUUCUUUCUCAUGGCUUUCUUGGCUCAGAUAGUAUGGCGUCUCCUUCUUAUCCUUACCCUUUACCCCUAUCAUAACGUCUCUCUGUCAAGACUGCAUGUGCCCUCCCAUUUUAACCAUAAAUAUAUCCGAAGGGCGAGUAUGAUGCCACACCUAGCUCGCGUGGGCACAUUUUCUUUUACCCUGUUGUUGUGUUGGCAUGGGUUCCAGAAUGGAUUUGAUUGAUUUCUCGAGGCCAUCAAUGCUAACAGGGAGAUGGAGACAGCUUGAUGGAGACCUUCCAGAAAUGCCUAUCAAAUCCAUCUGGGUGCUCUUAUUGCAGACAAGCAUGUCUGUCUCACGAUAUAUGACCUUAUGGCUCUAUCUUAUUAGUUUUAUCGAUAUGUUUUUGGAAUGUGUGUGCAUGUUUGUGUGUGCUUUUUUCUCAAUCUGCUGUUACAUGAUGCAAAGUAAAGUUUUUCAUGGUUCGGGCUAGGCCCCUUAGCUCCAGUGAAGGGAAAUCUUAACACUAUACAGCAUACAAUUACAUUCUAGACGAUUCUGUGCUUCCAACUUUGUGGCAACAGUUUGGGGAAGGCCCUUUCCUGUUUCAGCAUGACAAUGCCCCCGUGCACAAAGCGAGGUCAUUACAGAAAUGGUUUGUCUAGAUCGGUGUGGAAGAACUUGACUGGCCUGCAGAGAGCCCUGACCUCAACCCUAUUGAAAACCUUUGGGAUGAAUUGGAACGCCGACUGUGAGCCAGGCCUAAUCGCCCAACAUCAGUGCCCGACCUCACUAGUGCUCUUGUGGCUGAAUGGUAACAAGUGCCCAUUCCAACAUCUAGUGGAAAGCCUUCACAGAAGAGUGGAGGCUGUUAUAGCAGCAAAGGGGGGACCAACUCCAUAUUAAUGCCCAUGAUUUUGGAAUGAGAUGUUCGACAAGCAGGUGUCCACAUACUGUUGGUAAUGUAGUGUAUCUAAAAGGCUUGAUUCUGUAGACAUACUGUACUUGAGGCACUGUUCAGAUAGGAGAGAAAGGCCAGUGCCAGUUGCACACUGCAACAUCACCCAUUUUGAAACUAUUUAAACAAACUUAAUUGUUUAAAACCUGGACAAUUUCUUGUCAUUUUAUGAGGUAUGUCUUACCUUGUUCCAACCAUAGGAAUGUUAAGGGGAUUAUUUUAUAAACACUUCUUCAUAUGCCAUUGAAACCAGUAUUUAUCUUAUGUUCUGAACUUUCUUUCGUUGUCCAGCAGCCAAAGACAUACUCCUAGUCAUAUUAAUAACCCAUGCUUGUUGUUGCGUCUUUAGAGCUUCCCUCUUUCUAAAUUUCUGAAGGAUAUUUUCAUCUCUGUCAUUAUGAAACCGCUCACAUUUGCGGUACACCUUUGAGAACAGUGUUUUCCCACUAAUUGCAUUUUGGAACAUUCGUUAUUAUAGCCUACUGCCGUUGCACAUUGCUGCACUUCUAAUGUGAAGAAAUAGCCUAAUAGUUUAUCAACAUUUAAGCUAAACGUUCUGAUCUGUUGCAUCAGCCUCAUUGGUUUUAAACUGUUGUUUUUAUGUACAGGGACUGUAUUAAUUUGGGAUCUAUCGCAUCCCACAACUGUCCCAGAGUAUGUUUGGAAUAUUUAAUUUAAUAGAAUAGGUCAACUUUUGUACUAUUGGGGAUAGUAGAUUGAGAUAGGCUAGUGCUUUUGCUGUUUGUUACUCAUCUUGUUGGUUGACGAAAAGUAAAUGUGGACAGUUCUUCUAACAUCUUCAAUAUGCUCCUCGGAAUUCGUUAAGAAGGACAUCAGCCAUGUGAGUGAUAGGUGCUUCGGAUCACGGCGAUUGGCAGCCAGGAGAAGGGAAUUAUAAUUAUUAAAUUUAGGCCGUAAGGCAUAAAAAAAUUUGCGGCCAUUACGGCCACACAAGGGUGCCCCCAGGAAAUUUGAGGCCUGGUCUUAUGACUUUGGGGUUAGAAGCUGUUCUCGGUCUCAUCGUCGUCUGUGAUCAGGCCUACCACCGUCAUGUCGUCAGCAAACUUAAUGAUGGUGUUGGAGUCGUGCGCAGCCACUAUAUAAGCAGUGGGACGGAUGCUGCCGUGGCGAAUAUACAGUGGGGAAAAAAAGUAUUUAGUCAGCCACCAAUUGUGCAAGUUCUCCCACUUAAAAAGAUGAGCGAGGCCUGUAAUUUUCAUCAUAGGUACACGUCAACUAUGACAGACAAAAAAAAAUCCAGAAAAUCACAUUGUAGGAUUUUUAAUGAAUUUAUUUGCAAAUUAUGGUGGAAAAUAAGUAUUUGGUCAAUAACAAAAGUUUCUCAAUACUUUGUUAUAUACCCUUUGUUGGCAAUGACACAGGUCAAACGUUUUCUGUAAAUCUUCACAAGGUUUUCACACACUGUUGCUGGUAUUUUGGCCCAUUCCUCCAUGCAGAUCUCCUCUAGAGCAGUGAUGUUUUGGGGCUGUCGCUGGGCAACACGGACUUUCAACUCCCUCCAAAGAUUUUCUAUGGGGUUGAGAUCUGGAGACUGGCUAGGCCACUCCAGGACCUUGAAAUGCUUCUUACGAAGCCACUCCUUCGUUGCCCGGGCGGUGUGUUUGGGAUCAUUGUCAUGCUGAAAGACCCAGCCACGUUUCAUCUUCAAUGCCCUUGCUGAUGGAAGGAGGUUUUCACUCAAAAUCUCACGAUACAUGGCCCCAUUCAUUCUUUCCUUUACACGGAUCAGUCGUCCUGGUCGCUUUGCAGAAAAACAGCCCUAAAGCAUGAUGUUUCCACCCCCAUGCUUCACAGUAGGUAUGGUGUUCUUUGGAUGCAACUCAGCAUUCUUUGUCCUCCAAACACGACGAGUUGAGUUUUUACCAAAAAGUUAUAUUUUGGUUUCAUCUGACCAUAUGACAUUCUCCCAAUCCUCUUCUGGAUCAUCCAAAUGCACUCUAGCAAACUUCAGACGGGCCUGGACAUGUACUGGCUUAAGCAGGGGGACAUGUCUGGCACUGCAGGAUUUGAGUCCCUGGCGGCGUAGUGUGUUACUGAUGGUAGGCUUUGUUACUUUGGUCCCAGCUCUCUGCAGGUCAUUCACUAGGUCCCCCCGUGUGGUUCUGGGAUUUUUGGUCACCGUUCUUGUGAUCAUUUUGACCCCACGGGGUGAGAUCUUGCGUGGAGCCCCAGAUCGAGGGAGAUUAUCAGUGGUCUUGUAUGUCUUCCAUUUCCUAAUAAUUGCUCCCACAUUUGAUUUCUUCAAACCAAGCUGCUUACCUAUUGCAGAUUCAGUCUUCCCAGCCUGGUGCAGGCCUACAAUUUUGUUUCUGGUGUCCUUUGACAGCUCUUUGUUCUUGGCCACAGUGGAGUUUGGAGUGUGACUGUUUGAGGUUGUGGACAGGUGUCUUUUAUACUGAUAACAAGUUCAAACAGGUGCCAUUAAUACAGGUAACGAGUGGAGGACAGAGGAGCCCCUUAAAGAAGAAAUUACAGGUCUGUGAGAGUCAGAAAUCUUGCUUGUUUGUAGGUGACCAAAUACUUAUUUUCCACCAUAAUUUGCAAAUAAAUUCAUUAAAAAUCCUACAAUGUGAUUUUCUGGAUUUUUUUUCUCAAUUUGUCUGUCAUAGUUGACGUGUACCUAUGAUGAAAAUUACAGGCCUCGCUCAUCUUUUUAAGUGGGAGAACAUGCACAAUUGGUGGCUGACUGAAUACUUUUUUUCCCCACUGUAUACAGUGCAUAUACAGUGUUUUGUGGAGGUGUACAUAGUGAAAGGUAUUACACUGGUACUGGCAUACUGUAGGUAGUACACUGAUACAAAGGGUUGAUAGUUAACCUGAAUAGAUGCAUUAUGUCCCACAAACUUGCCAUUGGCACAGCAUAGCUUGUUUGACGUUUGUGUCUUGAAAGAUGAAUGCAUAGCACAUACAAGUUUUAAUUAAUUUUAUACAUUUUUGGUGUUAACUAUGGCGGAUAUUGUCAGUAAAAAGUCCAAAGAUUGGAUGUUUGCACGCAUGUGUGUGUGUGUUAAGGGAAUGAGGACUAGCUUCCAAAAGAGCCGCGGGGCAGUAAGAGUGGUGUGGCCUCACCCCUGGCUAACCCUAACUCUAACUGCUUCCACACCCUUUACUACUGCUGCCAGACCGCUAUAAAGUAACCCCAUGUCUCCUUCUUACCUCUCCCUGUUCCCUCUGUCAAACAGAAGCAAGACGUUCUCAACCAAGUAAGCCACACCCGCUGCUGGGGGUCUGCAUGAUCUGUGGUUUCUGAGUAUACAGACUGCAUGUAACAUGUAACAUACUUAACCCUAUAUCAUCAGAGGCACCAAGGCAAAGGUCAAAGGUUAGGGGUCAGAAACCUGUGGUUUCAUUGUCUAACACUACAGAAUGCAUGUAAUAUACAGUACAUAACCCUAUCCCAUCAGACACCUAUAGCAUGAUGUACUACAUUACCCAUAAUGCUCUCACCCAGAGGUCAAAUGGGUCAGGUGCAGUGCUUCAGUCUGCCAGCUAUGUGUCUUUGUGACGCUCAACUUACCAACAUGUAACAACAGUGUUUCCAUAACGGAGGAAUGUUGAUGUGCCGUUUUUUCUCUUUCUUUUUCAUUUGUUUUUCAACCGCAAGGCUAAUGGCACUGAUCACUGUGUGAAUGCCAGUUCAGACAACCUCAUGCUGUUUCUGUAAAGGUAUCUGCCCUGAGUAAUCUCUGUCAAUUAUUUUACUGUGUCUGCCUGCUGAUAAAGUGACUCAGGAUUGUUUCUGUGUACUGUCUGUAUGCCUUUUACAUUUUUAAAGUUUAUACUAAUAUUACACUUUUAAAGGCUGGCUAAAACCACAGCCAGCGCACCAUCCUGUCUGAAAUCCAUGAAACCAACUGAUUUAUGUUUUCUCCAAAUUGGCCAUUUCCAGUCUCCUCUCAGCCGUAAAGCUUUUUUCCAAAAAGGCCAAAAGCGAUAAGUGUUUUCAUCAUGCUCUGUGUGUUGUAGAGAGAUGAUUGAAUAUGACAUACUCAUCUAAAAUGUAAUACUGCAGACCAUCAAUAAAACUUUCAGCAUUGCAAUACAGGCAAACAACUUUUCUAAAGGUUUCAUUCCUUUUACAUACUGAAACAGAUUUCUAGCCCCAUGCCUCUAUUAUUUCUACUGCAGAAGUAUGUGGUUUACUUUACAGGUAUUGCCUUCCCACAUAAACAAAUGAGGGACCAGGAGGCAAAAAAGUAUGGUGAUAGUGUCUUUUACUCCAUGUCACCAUUGUGUACUUUUUUGCUGCCCAGACUCUGUUGUUUACAAUAUUUAUAUCCAAGGUAUCUGACUCUUCUUUUUCCUCUAUCUCUCUAUCUCUCCAUCAAUCCGUGUGUGAGCAGCCCAUAGACUAUGAUGGUUUCCAGCUCUUCAUGACCACCUACCUGGAGAACGACAUCCCUGAGGAGCUGUGUCAGCACCUGUUCACCUCCUUCAAGAGCAAGACAGGGGGCUGCUCUCCUGAGGGGCCCCGCGCUGGAGCAGGACUGCUGGGUGAGUAGUGGCCUCCCUCACCCUGGUGGCGAUUUACUCUGGCUGGGACUGGUGAGAACCUGGGUCGUGUUCAGUAGAGCAGUAGGGUUUAUUUUUUCGUUUUUGCAACAGAAAACGAAUAUCUGUGUUCUUAUUGGACAAGUUCAGGUAGUACCUUCCCUUUCCAAAUUGAUUCUCAAUGUUUUCUAACCUACUGAACAUGACCCUGGUAUAUAUCAACAGUCUUUCCUGGCUCUCAAAAGCAGUUGCAUUUGAACUGGGGUUGAUUGAGUAUCUGGUUCUUGAAUGGAUGGAAUACUACUGUAUGCAUCUCCCAAAUUAGAUUCCCUCGCAGGUUAACCCUGGUCUCAGGGAGAGUGUCCUUCUGCUACAGAUUGUAGUCAAGGGAGUUAGUGCAUCUGCCUCUGCCUGCAAUAAGAAAAUUCUCAAACACUUUCCAAAAAAACACAAUGCAAACACUGCUGCUUUACUUGCCAUGGCAGAUCCUUCAGGAAUACACACACACAAAAACAACAUACACACACACAUGUUCAUGUACCAUUUGAAUGAACUGAUUAAGCGUAAAGUGGUGCUGGAGUGGUCACAAACAGGGACAGCUAUGGAGCUAUGGUUUUGGUUCCUUACUUCCACUGCACCUGGACAGCUUGUAAACUGUGUAUCCUCCUCCGCCAUAUGAGUUUAUAUAUAGGACCUGUGUGGGCUCUAACAGCCUGCCUGGCUGUCCCUCACUGCUGAACAGCUGAACACUAGGGGACAGAUGGGAGGAAUCUAACCCCUCUCCAAAUGGAAAGAUAGAGGGAUGGGAUGGAGGGAUUUGAAUGCGAGCCCACCCAACCAUCUGAGAUGGAGAGAUGGAGGGAGAGCGAAAGAUGGAGCGAGAGAGAGAUGGGGGAGAGGUGGUGUUACUCCUCCUGAGCCUCUUCAUUGGAUCAGAUGUGGAGAAGAAAAAAACAACACAGCCUACACUGCCAUCUGGUGUUGGAUCUCUCUACUAACCUCCGUGGGUGUGCAGAAAUGAGAGGAUCAGAUAGAUAGAUACACAUUUACCCAGCUAGUGUCUGUCUUUCCCUGAAGACUUGUUUUCCUAAUAUGACUGUGUAUGUCUGUCUGUCUGUCUCUCUCUCUUCGUAUUUGUUUAUCUCUCUCCCCCUCUAUUUCUCCUUUCUCUCCUCUCUCUCUCUCUCCUUUCCUCUCUCUCUCCUUUCCUCUCUCUCUCUCUCCUUUCCUCUCUAUCCUUUCCUCUCUCUAUCUCCCUCUCCUUUCCACUCUCACUCUCACUCUCACUCUCUCUGUCAGUCACAUCAUGGUUUUAUCAUUCAGGACCAGAGAGGCUUGCGUUGCCUUGCCUGAAUCCAUCUCCCAGUCCCCAACAAAAAGAGAAGGAAUAAGUCUUUCUAGUGUGCUGUUGACACUAUUCUUCCCUCCUCUGUCAUGAUAGAAGGUCUCUUUUGUUGUGUGCUGGAGAGGUAGGGGCCACAGUUCUCUAAUAGGUUGAUAUUCUGCUUUCCUCACAGGGCCAAACAGACUCUUUCUUUUAUCACUUUCAUUACUUCCUGUCCUUCCUUGCCUACAGCACCAGUAGAGGAUUUUACUAUACGGGCCAAUAGGAACCUGCUUCAUUAAUGAUCCUCAUGAUCCUAGCAAUGCAUUGGUUAGAAGAAUGUGUUAUUGUUUGACUAUAGACAAGGUCCCAUAAUUGGUCUAUAGUCAUUGAAGCACUAGUCUGCUCCUUUAGACUACCGCAACCUCUAAUCUGCUUUGUCUUUUUAUAUUGCUUUUUAAAAUGUCACCAGAUAGAUUUUUACUAUAUUUUAUUAUAUUUUUAUUUAAUUGGAAAUGUAUUGAAUUUAGCCUUGGCUAUAAAUAGAAUCCCUCCCACAUUGCCAGACAAUAUAAAUAUAUCUGACUCCUUCUCCUUCCCCUUUAAAACAGCCUAUAUCACACUCCUUCUAGUGCAUUGCUUUCACUUUCUCUGUCUUGCUUUUCUUGCCCUGGUGUGUCUGCAGAGCCGCGUUCCAUUGAUGCAGGCAUCUCUAUACAGACUGAAGUGGCCUGUGCCCCCAUAACAGGUACCACUGCCACUGCAGGACAACAGGACAAUGUCUAGAUAACCCUACUAAGACUCAAGGUCCAGCUACUGUCUGUCACCAGUGUUUGACUGUUGUUUUAAAGUGACUUGUGAUCUGUGUUUUGGUGCAGGUGACAUGGUAGUACUCUGUACAUGGCUCAGUGGAAUUGCAUUUGUUGUAAACUAUUGUUUUGUGUGUGAAGUAUAUCUCACCUGACCUUUCUGUGGCGUCCUUGUUACUGUUGUGGAAAAAAAAAGUCCAGUUGUUGGUUUUGUAUUUGUCAGUUUGAAUCUCUCUUCAUGACCCUUGGUUGGAAAGCGAGGUAUCUUUACUUUUUGUUGUUUGUUGUGAAGGCUUAAUCCUCAAUGCUAAAUGUCUGCUUCUGUAAACACAAUUGUUUGCAAAGUAACCAGUCCACUGCCUACCUAUCUUGCUUUGUCUUUCCUGAAAUCAUCUUUCCCCCUCAUCUCCCCCUUUCUGUCUUCUAGGAAUUAAUGGGAAGAGCAUCCUGACAGCAAUGGGCCGGCACACGCCAGAGCAUUCCAUUGUGAUGGCCACAUGUUCAGGUGCCAUGUCCACCUCUCCCUGCUCCUCCCGUUCCUCCUCACAGCGCUCUGGGACAGGGGCCCACACGCCCGGGGGUUCCUACCACUCACCUGCCUGCACCCAGGCCAAACCCUCCACAGGCAGCAGUAGUAAUGCUCUGACCCCCACCCCAGCCAAGUCCCCAGCCUCCCCUCGCCUCUCCCCAGGUAAAUACCUUGUUCAGGUACUGUAGGCAAUUACACUGUUUUCCUGGAAAAGUUGUGACGCAUGCUGUAUUAGACUAUGGUAUUGCCAUAAACAAUGGAUUCCAAUGAUAUCAAUGUUACAGAAAUAGCCGAAUCCACUAAUUUGAAGGGGUGUCCACAUACUUUUGUACUGAUUUUCACUCACAGCAAGGCAUUUUAGCUAGCAGUUUGAUAAAGUGUGCAGGUCAGUAUUGUCUGAGCUGUGGCCAUUGAUUUAUGUUAGCUCAGUACUUUGCAAGGCAAUGUAGGGCAUGUGUAUUGGUAGCUACCUAAGCUUUACCAGCGUUACACAGGCUAUGCAAUUCAUUGGAUUUGUUUUAUGUGUCUAUCACAUCAUAUCACCAUAUCCAUAUCACCAUGCCAUAUCACAUUUCAAUCUGCCAUGUUGUUUAGUCAUGCUCAUGGUCAUUGCUGUAUGACAUCCCCAUCACACAUUGAUCUCUUGUUACAUUACAUCCAUAGAGAGGAUCAGAGCAGAAAAGAGGAGGAGUCCGUCAACCCAGAAGGGCUCCCCCUUACCCUCCCCCCAGGUGGUGUUUCUGAAGGACAUUGUGUGUUACAUGUCCCUGCUGGAGAGGGGCACACCAGAGGACAAGCUGGAAUGUGAGUUACAGGGGUUGGUUGGAGGCAAGUUUGUAAUGACUUGUGGCUGAAAGACCAAGAGAGGUCAUGUAGAGUCAAGAGGUGUGUCCCUAAACCACUCAGAAAGACAUCCUACCACAAUUUGCGAGGAUUAGUCAAAUUGAUUAAUUCAGAUAAUACACACAGAAAAAUGCUGGAUUAAAAACAAUCCAAUUUGGGUUACCCAGCGCUACGUAACUAUUGGACAGAACACAUGCUGGGUGAUUUUAACCCAGCCAGUUGGGUUGUGUGAAUAACCCAACAUGUUGGGUUGUUUGUAUCACCCAAACAUGGGUUAAUUUAGCCAUCAGUUGGGUUUUUAUUAACUUUCAUACUGGGUUGACCCAGCAGCUGGGUCUUUUUUAAUGGAAUGGGUUAUUUUCAGGAGGUGUGGCCUAUUAGGGGCAUGGCCUUCAGAUAGUUUUUUGGGGCCAUACGUGAGAGUAAAUGUUAUUCCUGCUCAUGUUAAGUUUGUACACUGCAAAUGUUAAUUUUUGUUGAAUAUUUUUGCACAUUACAUAUUUUUUUAUAAAAUUAAUAACAUUAUUAUUUACAUAUUGUAACAAACAUGGGAUAUGCAUACGCUCUUGAGGAACUCAUAUGUGUAAGCCUCAUUAAAACUACAAAAGUGAACAAUGCACCUUAUCAUGUGAUAACAAUACAACAGAACAGAUAAAACAGAAUUACAUUUACUCUUGCGGGUGACCAAAAAUAACUAUCUGAAAGCCACACCCCUACUAAGCCACGCCUCCAGUCUUCUGAUCUAACCCACUGGGUCAUAUCUCAAUAACCCAGCAUCAACAACCCAACCUUGCUGGGGGGGUUUUCGUACCCCCUUUUUCUCCCCAAUUUUGUGAUUACGAUCUUGUCUCAUCGCUGCAACUCCCCAAAGGGCUUGGAAGAGGCGAAGGGCGAGUCAUGUGUCCUCCGAAACAUGACCCGCCAAGCCGCGCUUCUUAACACCUGCUUGCUUAACCCGGAACCAGCUGCACCGAUGUGUCGGAGGAAACACCGUUCAACUGACGACCGAAGUCAGCCUACAGGCGCCCGGCCAAACCCUCCCCUAACCCGGACGACACUGGGACAAACAACCCAACUAAAUGACCCAACGCCUGCAACCCAGCAGUUGGGUGAUCCAAACAACCCAUCAUUUUUUAGAUUGUACAUUUAAUUAUUUAAGCAAUUAAUGUUUACAGCCCUAUUUAUGUGGCCAAAUACAGUCGAGCUGUCACACACACACACACACACACACACACACACACACACACACACACACCUGCCUACACACGCAGUAGUACAGUGAGUGACUGGUUGUCAGCAGUGAGUCAGGUGUCAUCCUCCCCUGGGGAUUAGCUCCUGUCCUCGUUAGCCCCUUGACAUCCUAAGCCUUGGUGUGUCUAAUAGACUUCUUUAGCAUCGGGAGCUAUAUCCGCACACCCUGACACAGCUAAUCUCAGCAAACCGAUUCCGACAUCUCAACAACACAGAAGUACAUGUCACGCUCUAUUACCUCCCCCAGCUUCAACACAGGAGUGGUGUCGUUUGGCGCUCUAAUACUUCCCCGGCUCUCCAGAGGGGGGUCUCACUGGGAAUGAUAGCGGUGCUAACAGGGACUCAUUAUAGCUGAAUCAUGGGGUCCCUUUUCUCUCUUUCCCCUCUAGUCAUGUUCCGGCUGUACGACACAGAUGGCAAUGGAGUACUGGACAGCUCGGUAAGUCUGGCCCUCUCUCCUCUUCUCUUUUCUCCUCUCCUCUCACCUUCUCUCCUCUUCUCUCCCCAGUCCAAUUACAUACCAACCCUCCCACUAGGCACACCACGUAAUUUCAACGUGGAUAAUUGGGUAAUAAAAGUACGGUGCAAUUGAUCAAUGCCGUUCGAGAUUCUGCACAGAUUAUUAUAGCAGUUGUGAAGAUCUCCACAGACCUGCGACAACCUAUGCAUGCUAUCUUGAACAUGCACGCUUUAUAUGAUUACAUAAAAAUACAUUUAUAGUUACAGUAACUGCUCCAUCUCAACCAAAAAUGUUAAAGAAUAGGACUAAAUCAAAUCAAAUGCACUUUACAUAAAGUUUAAUUUGAUUUAAUCCUAUUCUUUAACUUUGAUUUUUGGUUGAGAUGGAGAUGUGAAUCCAACAUAUCAAUUAUUAAUUUGAAAACAAACUGGAAUUAAAGCCACACAUAUGGAACUAUCCAAGCAGAAGAUACAUCUCCUUCAAAUGUUGAUAUUACGUUGCGUUGAUACCCAAACACAAUUAAAUACACACUACCGUUCAAAAUUUUGGGGUCACUUACAAAUGUCCUUAUUUUCCAUGAAAACAUACAUGAAAUGAGUUUGAAUAGGAAAUAUAGCAAAAUGCAUAGGAAAUGUAGUCAUUGACAAGGUUAGAAAUAAUGAUUUUUAAUAUAAAUAAUAAUUGUGUCCUUCAAACUUUGCUUUCGUCAAAGAAUCCUCCAUUUGCAGCAAUUACAGCCUUGCAGACCUUUGGCAUUCUAGUUGUCAAUUUGUUGAGGUAAUCUGAAGAGAUUUCACCCCAUGCUUCCUGAAGCACCUCCCACAAGUUGGAUUGGCUUGAUGGGCACUUCUUACGUACCAUACGGUCAAGCUGCUCCCACAACAGCUCAAUAGGGUUGAGAUCCAGUGACUGUGCUGGACACUCCAUUAUAGACAGAAUACCAGCUGACUGCUUCUUCCCUAAAUAGUUAUUGCAUAGUUUGGAGCUGUGCUUUGGGUCAUUGUCCUGUUGUAGGAGGAAAUUGGCUCCAAUCAAGGGCCGUCCACAGGGUAUGUCAUGGCGUGGGCGGCAGGUAGCUUAGUGGUUAAGAGCGUUGUGCCAGUAACCGAAAGGUCGCUGGUUCUAAUCCCCGAGCCGACUAGGUGAAAAAUCUGUCGAUGUGCCCUUGAGCAAGGCACUUAACCCUAAUUGCUCCUGUAAGUCGCUCUGGAUAAGAGCAUCUGCUAAAUGACUAAAAUGUAAAAAUGUAAAUGUUGCAAAAUGGAGUGAUAGCCUUAUAAUAAUAAAAUAAUAUGCCAUUUAGCAGACGCUUUUAUCCAAAGCGACUUACAGUCAUGCGUGCAUACAUUUUUGUGUAUGGGUGGUCCCGGGGAUCGAACCCACUACCUUGGCGUUACAAGCGCCGUGCUCUACCAGCUGAGCUACAGAGGACCACAGCCUUCCUUCUUCAAGAUCCCCUUUACCCUGUACAAAUCUCCCACUAAAGCACCCCCAGACCAUCACAUUGCCUCCACCAUACUUGACAGAUGGCAUCAAGCACUCCUCCAGCAUUAUAUAUUAUUUUCAUUUGGUCUGUGUCUCACAAAUGUUCUUCUUUGUGAUCUGAACACCUCAAACUUCGAUUUGUCUGUCCAUAACACUUUUUUCCAAUCUUCUGUCCAGUGUCUGUGUUAUUUUGCCCAUCUUAAUAUUUUCUUUUUAUUGGCCAGUCUGAGAUAUGGCUUUUUCUUUGCAACUCUGCCUAGAAGGUCAGCAUCCCGGAGUCGCCUCUUCACUGUUGACGUUGAGACUGGUGUUUUGCGGGUACUAUUUAAUGAAGUUGCUAGUUGAGGACCUGUGAGGCGUCUGUUUCUCAAACUAGACACUCUAAUGUAUUUGUGCUCUUGCUCAGUUGUGCACCGGGGCCUCCCACUUCUCUUUCUAUUCUGGUUAGAGCCAGUUUGCGCUGUUCUGUGAAGGGAGUAGUACACAGCGUUGUACGAGAUCUUCAGUUUCUUGGCAAUUUCUCGCAUGGAAUAGCCUUCAUUUGUCAGAACAAGAAUAGACUGACGAGUUUCAGAAGAAAGUUAUUUGUUUCUGGCCAUUUUGAUCCUGUAAUCGAACCCACAAUUGCUGAUGCUCCAGAUACUCAACUAGUCUCAAGAAGGCCAGUUUUAUUGCUUCUUUAAUCAGCACAACGGUUUUCAGCUGUGCUAACAUAAUUGCAAAAGGGUUUUCUAAUGAUCGAUUAGCCUUUUUAAAUGAUAAACUUGGAUUAGCGCAAACAACGUGCCAUUGGAACACAGGACUGAAGGUUGCUGAUAAUGGGCCUCUGUACGUCUAUGUAGAUAUUCCAUAAAAAAUCAGCCGUUUCCAGCUACAAUAACCAUUUACAACAUUAACAAUGUCUACCCUGUAUUUCUGAUCAAUUUGAUGUUAUUUUAAUGGACAAAAAAAUUGAUUUUCUGUCGAAAACAAGGACAUUUCGAAGUGACUCCAAACUUUUGAACGGUAGUGUAACUAAAUAUCGUUACAUUUGAAAUCAACCAGAGCAUGAAACCCUAGGCCUAGGGUUUCAAUAAAAUAGUCACACAUCAUGACUUUUUAAACAUUGUGUUGUGUAACAGCCUGAAUUAAAAAUUUAUUAAAUUGAGAUUUUGUCUCACUGGCCUACACACAAUGCCCCAUAAUGUUAAAGUGGAAUUAUGUUUGAAGAAGUUUUUACAAAUUAAUUACAAAUUAAAAGCUGAAAUGUCUCCAUUCAAUAAGUAUUCAACCACUUUGUUAUGGCAAGCCUAAAUAAGUUCAGGAGUAAAAAUAUGCUUAACAAGUCACAUAAUAAGUUGCAUGGACUCACUCUGUGUGUAAUAAUAGUGUUUAACAUUAUUUUUGAAUGACUGACUUCAUCAUCUCUGUACCCCACACAUACAAUUAUCUGUAAGGUCCAUCAGUCGAGCAGUGAAUUUCACAGAUUCAACCACAAAGAAGGGCUCCUAUUAGUAGAUGGAUAAAAAUAAAAAAGCAGACAUUGAAGUUAUUAAUUACACUUUGGAUGGUGUAUCAAUACACCCAGUCACUAAAAAAAGAUACAGACGUCCUUCAUAACUCAAUUGCCAGAGAGGAAGGAAACCACUCAGGGAUUUCACCAAUGGCUGUGAUUGGAGAAAACUGAGGAUGUAUCAACAACAUUGUAGUUACUCCACAAUACUAACCUAAAUGACAGAGUAAAAAGAAGGACGCCUGUACUGAAUCAAAAUAUUCCAAAACAUGCAUCCUGUUUGCAAUAAGGCAUUAAAGUAAAACUGCAGAUAAUGUGGCAAAGAAAUGAACUGUAUGUCCUGAAUACAAAGUGUUAUGUUUGGGGCAAACACAACACAUCACCGAGUACCACGCUUCAUUUUUUCAAGCAUGGUGGUGGCUGCAUGAUGUUAUGCGUAUGCGUGUCAUCGACAAGGACGAGGGAGUUUUUUAGGAUAAAAAGGAACGUAAUGGAGCUAAGCACAGGCAAAAUCCUAGAGGAAAACCUGGUUCAGUCUGCUAUCCAACAGACACUGGAAGACAAAUUCACCUUUCAGCAGGACAAUAACCCAAAACACAAGGCCAAAUAUACACUGGAGUUGCUUACCAAGACGACAUUGAAUGUUCCUGAGUGGCCUAGUUACAGUUUUGACUUAAAUCGGCUUGAAAAUCUAUGGCAAUACUUGAAAAUGGCUUCUAGCAAUGAUCAACAACCAACCUGACAGAGCAUGAAGAAUUAUUUUAAGAAAAUGUGCAGAUAUUGUACAAUCCAAGUGUGCAAAGCUGUUAAAGACUUACCCAGAAAGACUCACAGCUGUAAUCGCUGCCAAAGGUGAUUCUAACAUAUAAAUGAGACAUUUCUGUAUUUAAUUUUCAAUAAAUGUGCUAAAAUGUAUAAAAACAUGUUUUCACGUUGUUAUUAUGGGGUAUUGUGUGUAGAUGGGUGAGGAAAAAAAUCUAUUUAAUCAAUUUUGAAUUCAGACUGUUACACAACAAAAUGCAGAAUACUUUAGGGGUAUGAAUACUUUCUGAAGGUACUGUAUUGUCUAUUUUAGGUUAAUCCUGGAUUGAAUUGAAACAAUAGCUGUUGAUGACUUUGCAAAUACUAUAUAGUCAUAAAUAGCAUAAUUGAUGAUACAGUAUAUGAUUGAUAGAGUAUGGUAACAUUUAAUUUGCUCUGUUAAUGCUACCCUUUCGAAUGACUUCAAUAGCAACAGUAAAUCUAUUUCAUUUUUAAAUUGGAGAUCACUCAACGAUAGCACAUUGGUAAUAGUCAGUGACAAAUAUCAUAGCUAAGCUAGGCUUGGUUAAAACCCUGGAUGGGAGACCAAAGAGUAGCUGUAGAUAGAUCAAUUCUCCAGUAGGAGGUGCUGCCCAGCCUAUAGUUUUUUUUUCUGAUAGUGGAUAUCAUGUGACAUUGUUUCAAAGGUACAAAUUGAAAAAUUUUCAUACAAGGUUUGUCUAUGUUGAAAUUUGGUUACCAUGAUGACAUAAUCCUGCGGUUGAAAUUGUACCAUCAAAACAACAGUUUACGUUGAUUACUUUUUUCAAAUCCAAUGUAUUUUCCACGUAGACUCCACAUCACAAUACGCUGACAAAUUACAUUGAAACAACGUUGAUUCAACCAGUUUGUUCCCAGUCAGCUGUUUCUAUUAAAUUGUGCAAAAGCUACAUUCUUAGAUCUCUGCAACAGUAUAGCCUGUAUGAUGAAUCAUAGUAUAAUGAAUCAACGAGGGCAGAGUAGUUAAUCAUUCUAGUCUCUGCUGAGCUGAACUGCUUGCUGGUGUCCAGCAAUAGAAAUCAUGAAUGCACAGUCAAAGGAUACAAUCCUCAUAGGAUGAUGUGGAUGUAGAUUAUAUCAGAGGACUUGUAGUCUGACUCUGGGUGACUUCAUGUAUUUUCAAGGAGACUUCCUAUGAUCUCCCAUUCCACAAUGUGCAGGGUUGUCUCGUUUCCUAAACAGAGAAGUAGAACAUGUGUGAUUGUAAACAUGAAUGAGCCUCAGUGUUGUUGUGGUCCCCUCUCGGUCAGUCUAUUGUUAGUAAUGUUGUGCCCUCUUUAUGUGUGUGGAUGAGUUCAUUUGUUAUCAAGAAGACUGCCACAGUGGUGUUGUUGUGGUCUAAUGUUUUGCUCUCUUCCUGUGUGUGUAGGAACUGGACCGCAUCAUCAAUCAGAUGGUCCACGUGGCAGAGUAUCUGGAAUGGGACUCUACAGAGCUGCGACCAGUAAGGAUGCACACAGCCUUAUGUGUCUUGUUUCCCCUGUUCCCAAUAUAUUGGGGCGUUGGAGUAGGUCGACCUGAACAGGCUAGCUUAACUACAGUGACGAGGAAACAUUGGAACGUUACAGUAUUAUAAUAUUACUGGACUCAUCUGCUGUCCUCCCCGUCUCCUUGUGUUCUAGAUCCUGAAGGAGAUGAUGGAAGAGAUAGACUAUGACCGAGACGGAACAGUCAUUCUGGAGGAGUGGAUCAGAGGAGGCCUCACCACCAUCCCUCUGCUGGUCCUGCUGGGCAUGGAGACGGUAAGACACUGUGUGUGUGUGUGUGUGUGUGUGUGUGUAAUAUAAUAUGAUAAUGGAUGCCAUAUAACAGAUGCUUUUAUCUAAAGCGACUUGCAGUACAGUGAGUGCAUACAUGAGAGCAUACAUUUUAGUAAGUGUAUGAUCCCUAUGGGAAGAGAGAUAGUGUUUGUGUGUGUGUGUGUCUCUGUGAGUGCGUUUGGGGCGGCAGUUCCAAAAAAUCUCUCUCUCUCUCUCUCUCUCUCUCUGUAGAAUGUGCAGGAGGAUGGGCAGCAUGUGUGGAAACUAAAGCACUUCAACAAGCCAGCCUACUGUAACUACUGCCACACCAUGCUGCGGGGAGUCCGCAAGCAGGGCCUCUGCUGCUCUAGUGAGUCUGUGUGUGGCCCUCAGUUCCACUCUCUCUCUCCUUCAGUCCCUAUUUCUGUCCCUCGUUGGCAUUCACUACUCCACUCUCUCUGUUCUCUCUCUUCCUGAAUGCCUUUCAGUUCCUCUCUCUGUCUUUCAACCAGAUGCUUGUCUCUAUUUCUCUCUGACUCUGUUAUCCCAUCCUCCAUUCUGUGAAUAACAAACAUGACUGCAUGACUAAUUAAUGAUCUACUAUCAAGGCAAGGUUUAUGUUAUCACUGGGUCAUGAAAGGGUUGGUCUUACUGCUCAGUGUUCAUCCACUGGUUAACUGUCUCUCUCUGUACCUCUGUGUUUCAGUAUGCAAGUACACAGUCCAUGAACGCUGUGUGUCCAAAGACAUCGCUGCCUGCAUCAGUACCUACGCCAAGUCCCGCAGACACACUAAUGUGAGUAUUAUACAGACAACUACACACAGACACACACACACACAGUGACGAUAUUGUCGUGUGUCAUUACAGUAUCUAUUAUGUGCCUAUGUUUUAGAAAACUUGUGACAAAUAUUGAGAAAUAUAUGCCUACCCUUUACUAAACGACUCACAAAUCUCUUGCGUGCAUUACUCAUGCUAGUGUAAUCCUCUCAAUCAGUGAGCUUGACCAUGACUCAGGCUUACAAUAUCCUACCUUAAGUGACUCUUUAGUGUGAUGCCUUAAGCUGACCCAGAGCUAACCCCUAACCACCAUCUGACUAACGUUGUGAGAAUAGAACGCCCUGCCGUCGCUAAGCAACCUGUUUUGGCAGUUGGCCGAGUGCUAAGGACUGGAGAGGAGCAGAAGGAUCAUGGGAACAGGGACUCACACACACACACACACACACACCCCUACGCAUGGGAUCAUGGAGGCAGGGAGAUCAUGCAGCGCUACUUAUGUUGUUAACCGGUCUCUAUAUAUAAAAUCUGAUUUAAUUAGACCCCUUCUGGAAUGAACUCACAGACCUUGAAAUUGUCCCUCUAAAGCCCCCUCUCUCUCUCUCCAGAUGGAGGUCUACUCUGUUUCUGCGCCACUUCACUUUCUCAAGUCUGGUUCACUAGCAGAUGAUGCCUUUCAGAUGGCCUUUUAUUUUUGUAGAUAUCUGACACUAAAUAUAGCACGUUUAGCACUAGAUUUAUGUUGUGACCUUUUAAUUGGGAUUGUUCCUGUCUCUAUCUCUCUCGCUCUUUCUCUCACUCUCUCCUUUUUCUUCCGUCCCUCCAGGCUAUGCAGCACGUGUGGAUGGAGGGAAACUCUCCUACUAAGUGCGACCGCUGUCACAGAAGUAUCAAGUGCUACCAGGGCUUAACGGGCCUACACUGUGUGUGGUGUCAGAUCACUGUAAGUAGUACACACUCAGGGCCAUAACUACAUAUGAGGACACUGAGAUAAUAAAAAUAUAUAUUUUGUACACAAAGAAAAUCAAUAUGAAAAUAUUAAUCCCAGCGUUGAUCAAAGCUCAGAACGCUUAUAUUCUUGAUCUGACUGAGUUCUAAUCGCGCUUGCCUCUUUGCAAAUGAGUGGAAUCAUGAACAGUGGUUUGUUCGUUAUGUUCAGCUGCGUCCCUGGAUUUGCCUCCCGGAUUUGCCUUUUUAGCAGCACAAUCACCACUCUCUCAAACGGCUAACUCCACCCUCUCAUGGCACAGGCUGAGGGCCUGAGACGUGAAACGAACUACCCCAGCUCGGUGUCGGCUCAAGUAAGCAAACAGCUGACAGUGCGUUUGCAAGAUGCCGGACAAAAGGCCAUUUUAGAACCGCCUGUGACUCCUGCCACAUUUACAGACAUCCCCCAAACAAACAAAAACUACUCUCAGAGAAUGAGUGCACAACUGGUAAAUAGUUGCUUAAAAAUAUGUCAAUCAGUCAGGUGGCUAGCUGCCGGCAGAGACUUCUAUUGCAGUAAUGUUGAAGGGCUCUGGCUAGUAUUACUUAAGAAGCUAACAUUAAACAGAGCCUACCUCAGUAGGAGCAAAGAAUAGGCUACUAAAUGCUCAUAAUAACUUUGCUUUACAGAGAGUAGGCUAACUGAGACAGACAGUUAUAUGGCGCUAGGUGGGGAGGCUGAGGCAGGCUGCAAUGCAUGCAGGAGGAAGCUGAGGAUAGAGAGAGUUUAGUACAGUGGUUCCCUAAUUUGGGGUCAGGGCCCCAUGUGGGGUCCCCCGAGAAAAUCUGUACUAAUCUUAUCAAACAAGUUAGGAACUAAAAAAAAUAAGAUAUGUUUCAAUAUGAACAUCUCCACAUGGCCUGUAUUCCAUAUAGGCAUAGGCCUAUAUUAAAAUGCAAUCAAAAUGCAAACAAUACAAUUCUAAAAAUGUCAUACGUUUUCAUUUGUAUCGUUGGUUGUUCGUCUUAAUCUCAAUCGCCCACUGGAGUUUAUAGUUUCCCCAUUACCCACCUUUUUUUACCAUUACAUCACUGAUAUUAAUACAGAAUCGUAAGUAUUAUUCUAAUAAUUCAUGUGAAUGUGAUUAAUACGAUCAUCUGUGUGCUCCAUUGAUGAUACGAUCAUCUGUGUGCUCCAUUGAUGUCUGUUUGUGCAGAGGUUGAUUAGUAAUGCCUAGGAAUACAAAGUGAAAGCUAUAUAUUUUGAAAAAAAUAAUGUAAAGAGUUGAUGAUUUUAUGCAAAUUCAUCAUUGCUAUGUGUCAGUGUGAAUCAUUUGUCAUAUUUCCCCCCUUUCAGGGGUAUAACAUUACAAUUGUAUAGCUAAUGUGAUGUGUUUGUAGAUUAAUGUGAAUGAACCUACCUUUUGUUGCUGUUCUCCAAAUUGCAUUUUCUACGUUUUUAAAUUGUAUAGAAAUGCAGUAAAUUAGCUUCAACCCCCCCCCCCCCAUUUUCUAAUUUCGACUUUACCUUAGAUGUCCACUAGAUGUCACCAUUAGGUAAAUGUUCAGAUGAAAACUCAAACUGUGGUACCUCAAACCACCAGUAAGGGGAGUUCAAAGAGCUUGCUUGGGUGGUCAAUUUAUAUAUAUAUAUAAUUUAGUAAUGGGCUCAUCCCUGUAGUAUCACAGCAGGCAUUCAUUCAUCCUCAGUCUUAGAAGCAGCUACUGUACUUUGCAUUAAAUCAGACUUUGUCAGACAUCAAUCAAGGGAAAGAGGAUAUAUUGGGCGGCGCACAAUUGGCCCAGCGUCGUCCGGGUUUGGCCGGUGUAGGCCGUCAUUGUAAAUAAGAAUUUGUUCUUAACUGACUUGCCUAGUUAAAUAAAGGUAAAAUAAAUUUCAAUAUCAUUUAUAUUUAGUUAUUAUUAGCUUUCAACUUUUAUAGGGCUUUUAAGUGAAGUGUUUUGCAUUGUAUCUGGUACUAUUAUGCAAUAUCUCCUCAUUCUCUUUCUUCUCCUCCUUCUCUGCUCUUUUCCUCCCUCCAUUCUCCUCAUCCUCCUCCCUGAUCAGCUCCAUAAUAAGUGUGCGUCCAACAUGAAGCCGGAAUGUGAUGGAGGAGCCCUUAGAGACCACACUCUACUCCCCUCUUACAUCUGCCCUGUCGUCCUGGUGAGAUCACAUGCCGUAAAUCUCUAAAUGUUUUAUCUCCAAUACUUUCAAUGCUGAAAAACCCCCUUGAGAUAUAUAACUAUAGGCCCACAAUGGUAUACACCACAGGAGGCUGAUGAGUGGACGACAGCUCAUAAUAAUGGCUGGAAUGGAGUUAAUGGAAUGGUAUCAAACACAUGGAAACCAUGUAUUUGAUGUGUUUGAUACCAUUCCAUUAAUUCCGUUCCAGCCAUUACUAUGAGCCCGUCCUCCCCAAUUAAGGUGCCACCAGCCGCCUGUUGUAUACACCUUUUGUCCAAUUUCUCUGUCACAAUUCAUAAACACACAUUCAUAUUUCUGUCUAUUUAUGUGUCUCUAUGUCUGCUGGCCUAUCUAUCUGUCUGUAGGACCGUCAUUCUGUUGUGAAGCGGGGUGAAGGGGACUCCCCGCCCAGCACCAGCCCUGAUGACCCGAGUCAGAGCUUCAAAUUCACAGGAGACGGACAAGCACUGCAGGUGAGUGAAUCGAGCCCAGAGCAUGUUCAGAGCCUUGGAGUCUGUUGUGUUCGCUCAUGGCAGGCUAAAGUGUGUGUUGAUUGUGUAUCCAUGGAUAUACACUAUAUCUCAUUAGACUGUCUCUGCUCUCCUGUCCAGAUCACUCCUCUCCCAGGCACACAUCCCCUCCUGGUCCUGGUCAACCCAAAGAGUGGCGGGAGACAGGGAGAGCGGUAAGUGACAUAGAGCACAAAUUUCCUAGGUGGAAAAGGUCCGGAUGGAUAUUGUCUAUCACCGUAGUAAAAAAAAAAAACACCUCGCGACCCAUGUGACCCCAAACUGUUCACUCCCCUCUUGUUGGCAUAAAGAAAAUGUUGCAGUUUUUAAGCAAAUUUCCUGCAAUUCUACAAAUUUUUCCAUAGGACAGAUAAAUUGUUUUGCAGGUUUAAAGCUAAUUUCCUGCAAUUCGACACAUUUUGCCAUGUCUUAUGUGUGUUCAUAUGAUAUCUGAGUGAGUCAAAUUUUUGUGUCACUGGCCUACACUCAAUACUCCAUAAUGUCAAAGUGGAAUAUUUCACAAAUUCAUUAAAAAUGAAAACCUGAAAUGUCUUGAGUCAAUAAAUAUUCAAGUCCUUUGUUAUGGCAAGCCUACAUAAGUUCAGGAGUAAACAUGUAAGUUGCAUGUACUCAUGUGUGCAAUAAUAGCGUUUAACAUGAUUUUUGAACGACUACCUCAUCUCUGUACCCCACACAUUAUCUGUAAGGUCCCUCAGUCGAGCAGUGAAUUUCUAACACAGAUUCAACCACAAAGACCAGGGAGGUUUUCCAAUGCCUCGCAAAGAAGACUCAAGAGACAGAUUCCAACAUCUGUAAAAUGUAAUACUUCCCCCCAAAAAACAAAUCCUCCUCCAAAUAUGGUAUUUUACAGUUAAUACCGUCAAUAUUGUUAGAUGGGUAAAAAAAAAGCAGACAUUGAAUAUCCCUUUGACCAUGGUGAAGUUAUUCAUUACACUUUGGAUGGCGUAUCAAUACACCCAGUCACAACCAAGAUACAGGCAUCCUUCCUAACUCAGUUGCCGGAGAGGAAGGAAACCGCUCAGGGAUUUAACCAUGAGGCGAAAAAACUAAAACUAUUACAGAGUUUGAUGGCUGUGAUAGGAGAAAACCGAGGAUCGAUUAACAACAUUGUAGUUAUUACUCUACAAUCCUAACCUAAAUGACAGAGUGAAAAAAAGGAAGCCUGUACAGAAACAAAAUCUUCCAAAACAUGCAUCCUAUUUGCAACAAGGCAUUAAAGUAAAACUGCAGAAAAUGUAGAGAAGGAAUUAACUUUAUGUCCUUAAUACAAAGCGUUAUGAUUGGGGCAAAUACAACACAACACAUCACUCUUCAUUUUUUCAAACUUGGUGGUGGCUUCAUCAUGGUGGAGUUUUUUAGAAUAAAAAGAAAUGGAAUAGAGCUAAACACAGGCAAAAUCCUAGAGGAAAACCUGGUUCAGUCUGCUUUCCAACAGACACUGGGAGACAAAUUUACCUUUCAGCAGGACAAUAACCUAAAUCACAAGGCCAAAUUUACACUGGAGUUGCUCACCAAGACGACAUUGAAUGUUCCUGAGUGGCCUAGUUACAGUUUUGAAUUAAAUCGGCUUAAAUAUGGCAAGACUUGAAAAUGGCUGUCUAGCAAUGAUCAACAACCAACUUGACAGAGCUUGAAUAUUUUUUUUCUGAAUAAUGUGCAACUAUUUUACAAUCCAGGUGUGCAAAGCUCUUCAGAGAUUUACCCCAAAAUACUCCCAGCUGUAAUAACUGCCAAAGGUGAUUCUAACAUGUAUUGACUGAGGGGUAUGAAUACUUAUAGUACCAGUCAAAAGUUUGGACACACCUACUCAUUCAAGGGAUUUUCUUAAUUUUUUACUAUUUUCUACAUUGUAGAAUGAUAGGGAAGACAUCAAAACGAUGAAAUAACAUAUAUGGAAUCAUGUAGUAACCCAAAAAGUGUUAAACAAAUCAAAAUAUAUUUUAGAUUUUAGAUUCUUCAAAUAGGCACCAUUUGCCUUGAUGACAGCUUUGCACACUCUUGGCAUUCUCUCAACCAGCUUCAUGAGGAAUGCUUUUCCAACAGUCUUGAAGGAGUUCCCAGAUAUGCUGAGCACUUGUUGGCUGCUUUUCCUUCACUCUGCGGUCCAACUCAUCCCAAACCAUUUCAAUUGGAUUGAGGUCGGGAGAUUGUGGAGGCCAGGUCAUCUGAUGCAGCACUCCAUCUCUCUCCUUCUUGGUCAAAUAGCCCUUACACAGCCUGGAGGUGUGUUUUGGGUAAUUGUCCUGUUGAAAAACAAAUGAACAAACCAGAUGGGGUGGCGUAUCACUGCAGAAUGAUGAGGUAGCCAUGCUGGUUAAGUGUGCCUUGAAUUCUAAAUAAAUCAUGACAGUGUCACCAGCAAAUCACCCCCACACCUUCACACCACCUCCUCCAUGUUUCACGGUGGGAACCACACAUGCGGAGAUCAUCCGUUCACCUACUCUGCGUCUCACAAAGACAUGGCGGUUGGAACCAAAAAUCUCUAAUUUGGACUCAUCAGACCAAAGGACAGAUUUCCACAGGUCUAAUGUCCAUUGCUCGUGUUUCUUGGCCCAAGCAAGUCUCUUCUUCUUAUUGGUUUAUUUGCAGCAAUUUGACCAUGAAGGCCUGAUUCAUGCAGUCUCCUCUGAACAGUUGAUGUUGAGAUGUGUCUGUUACUUGAACUCUGUGAAGCAUUUAUUUGGGCUGCAAUUUCUGAGGCUGGUAACUCUAAUGAACUUAUCCUUUGCAGCAGAGGUAACUCUGGGUCUUCCAUUCCUGUGGCGGUCCUCAUGAGAGCCAGUUUCAUCAUAGCACUUGAUGGUUUUUGCGACUGCACUUGAAGAAACUUUAAAAGUUCUUGAAAUGUUCCAUAUUGACUGACCUUCAUGUCUUAAAGUAAUGAUGGACUGUCGUUUCUCUUUGAUUAUUUGAGCUGUUCUUGCCAUAAUAUGGACAUGGUCUUUUACCAAAUUGGGCUAUCUUCUAUAUACCACCCCUACCUUGUCACAACACAACUGAUUGGCUCAAACGCAUUUAGAAGGAAAGAAAUUCCACAAAUUAACUUUUCAGAAAGCACACCUGUUAAUUGAAAUGCAUUCCAGGUGACUACCUCAUGAAGCUGGUUGAGAGAAUGCCAAGAGUGUGCAAAGCUUUCAUCAAGGCAAAGGGUGGCUAUUUGAAGAAUCUCAAAUAUAAAAUAUAUUUUGAUUUGUUUAACACUUUUUUGGUUACCACAUGAUUCCAUAUGUGUUAUUUCAUAGUGUUGAUGUCUUCACUAUUAUUCUACAAUGUAGAAAAUAGUAAAAAAUAAAGAAAAACCCUGGAAUGAGUAGGUGUGUCCAAACUUUUGACUGGUACUUUAUAUACAGUGCAUUCCAAUUUUUCCACAUUUUGUCAUGUUACAUUCUUAUUCUAAAAUUGAUUAAAUUGUUUUUUUUCCCCUCAUCAAUCUACACACAAUACCCCAUAAUGACAAAGCAAAAACUGGUUUUUAGACAUUUUUGCAAAUGUAUUAAAAAUAAAUAACUUAAAUAUCACAUUUACAUAAGUAUUCAGACCCUUUACUCAGUACUUUGUUGAAGCACCUUUGGCAGCGAUGACAGUUUCGAGUCUUCUUGGGUAUGACGCUACAAGCUUGGCACACCUGUAUUUGGGGAGUUUCUCCCAUUCUUCUCUGCAGAUCCUCUCAAGCUCUGUCAGGAUGGAUGAGGAACGUCACUGCACAGCUAUUUUCAGGUCUCUCCAGAGAUUCAGGCCAGAGAGUUCAAUCUUGGUUUCAUCAGACCAGAGAAUCUUGUUUCUCAUGGUCUGAGAGUCCUUUAGGUGCCUUUUGGCAAACUCCAAGCGUGCUGCCAUGUGCCUUUUACUGAGGAGUGGCUUCCGUCUGGCCACUCUACCAUAAAGGCCUGAUUGGUGGAGUGCUGCAGAGAUGGUUGUCCUUCUGAAAGAUUCUCCCAUCUCCACAGAGGAACUGUCAGAGUGACCAUCGGGUUCUUGGUCACCUCCCUGACCAAGGCCCUUCUUCACCGAUUGCUCAGUUUGGCCGGGCAGCCAGCUCUAGGAAGAGUCUUGGUAGUUCCAAACUUCUUCUAUUUAAGAAUGAUGGAGGCCACUGUGUUUUGGUACCCUUCCCCAAAUCUGUGCCUCGACGCAAUUCUGUCUUGAAGCUCUACAUACAAUUCCUUCAACUUCAUGGUUUGGUUUUUGUUCUGACAUGCACUGUCAACUGUGGGACCUCAUAUAGACAGGUGUGUUCCUGUCCAAUCAAUUGAAUUUACCACAGGUGGACUCCAAUCAAGUUGUAGAAACAUCUCAAGGAUGAUCAAUGGAAACAGGAUGCACCUGAGCUCAAUUUCAAGUCUCAUAGCAAAGGGUCUGAAUACUUAUGUAAAUAAGGUAUUUCUGUUUUUGAGAAAAAACCUGUUUCCGCUUUGUCAUUAUGGGGUAUUGUGUGUAGAUUGAUGAGGGAAAUGUUUUAUUUAAUCCAUUUUAGAAUAAGGCUGUAACGUAACAAAAUGUGGAAAAAGUCAAGGUGUCUGAAUACUUUCUGAAUGCACUGUAUAUACAGUCUAAUAUUUAUUUUUUAAGUCGGGACCCGUGGUCCGUAUUGACCCUGUUCUGGGUCUGGAUCCUGACCGCGGUCUGCUAGUUGAGUAUGGCUGACAUAGAGGGUCUCUGAUUAUUCACUCUGAUUGAAACACUCCUGCAAUAUGUGUUUUAUACAGUCAUGUAAUGCUACUGUCAAAGUGUUCUAAACUUUUGGCUGGCUACUUAUCAUAGAAUCAAAGUAAUGUGAAGCUAACAUAGUUUGAGAGAAGAAAUUCAAGAAUUUAAAGGCUUUGUAAUUUGGUAAAUAAUUAUGGUCAUUUCGCUGUGUCCUAAAGGCGCAAGUUCCAUUCUGGCUGUAAAUGAAUGUGUUCCCUGUUUCAGUUCUCUCUCCUCCCACCAUGCAUUUCAUAGCACCCUGAGGACACUUUUUUGGCUUCAGAAACACCAUCACCAUAGCAACAUAGUCUUAAAUACCCCUUAAAGGUAGAAUUAUUCUCUAUUAUUAGACGUGUUCUCGUACAAAAAGAUGCAUUUACUCUCUGAGUACAAAAAGCAAGUCUAUUUAUUUAUCCCUUUUGAUGUAAAUAAGGAAAUGAAAAUGUUGGUGUUGAGUCACUGAUUGAUCAAGUUUUUGUGAAUGAGCAUUUGAAAUGCCGUACAGUUCUCUUAAAUUAAGUAGUAUAUCUCUACUAAUUUCUCUUUCUGCAUGAACUUGGUUAGACUUAAAUUGAAGUGUUCUUUAUGACACAUUCAUAACAGUAUCCUAACACUUUUACUGCCCAAGUAAUCUGCCACUCUACAUAGUAUGAGUUGCAUUCUAGGCCAAAUGAUUAGUUCAUCGUGACGCAUUCUAACCUAGCUGUCGGCUUUCCGUUGUCUCCUCUACCCACUCCUCUUUAUACUCUGUUCUCACUCUGACCAAAGUGCUGUGUGGGUAUCGGAAGCUAACACAAUUACCAGUGCAAGGCUCCGUGAAGAGCACUGUGGAGGCUUCAAUAGAAUAGACCUCUGAUGCAGCUCCCGCUUGUCAAGGUUACAGAAAACUACUGUGUCAAUGGGCACAGUACGCUAUAGAGAUAUUGACAAUUUGUGGAGCAGAACAUAUUAACAGUGUUUUUAAGUAAAAAUGGUACUGUUUGGAUGGUGCUUCUUUACAUGUUAUAUGUCUGUCUUUGUAUGCAUGAAGUAUUACCUCUCUCUCUCUUUCCCUCUCUCUCUGGCUCCAUCUGUGCACAUACAGUUUGUGAGUUUGUCAGUUUGUGUGUGUGCAGUAACUCUAACACGCUGUUAUAUGUCUCCUGCAGGGUAUUGAGAAAGUUCCAGUACCUGCUGAACCCCAGACAGGUGUACAGUCUGGACCGAGAGGGACCCAUGGUGGGGUAA